UGUAAAUAUAAUCAGAAAUUGUAUUUUGUACAUAAACUUUUUUAAUUUUGCCAUGUAAUUUUGUUAAAUUCAAUGAAAUAAACUGUUUUGAGUGUACCUUAUUCAGCUAGUUAAACAAUGGAUGAAGGAAAUUCUAUUAUCUACGGGCUAGAACAUCAGACUCGGGCGCUCUCACCUCAAUAUGGAGAGACUGACGCUAUAAGAUUCCUAAUUGGCACUCAGAGUCUGAAACCCCAGUCCAAUCAAGUUCAUGUUGUAGAACUGGAAGAGGACUCUGGGGCUUUGCACACAAAGGUCUUCAAACAUGACAUCGGAGAGAUCUGGCACCUGCGUUGUUCACCGCACGACGCGGCCUCGCUGCUCACAGUGCACAACGCGUACGAUCCAAACACUACGCAGUGCACCAUGGGAGUCUCCGUACACCGACUGCCCACUGUUGAGGUUAUACCUAAAGAUCUGGACGACUUGACUGCUAUACAAGGCAGGACUGCUGAGGAGAUGGAAACACUAAAAACUAUAACACCUGAGAAAGCCGACGAGGAGAUCCGCAGCGCCGAGUGGCACCCCAGCGACGCGGCGCGCGUGGGCGUGGUGUGCGCGGGCGCACUGCGGGUGCUGGACGUGGCGGCGGCGGGCGCGCUGCUCGCCGCCGACGCGCGCUCGCGGGUCAAACUCACCGGGGGGAAGUGGUGCCCGCACCAGGGACACACUCAGUUCGCAGUAUUACAAGACAUGCACGUAAAAUGCUACGACACGAGAACUGACUGCAGCAAACCGUCUUGGAGCAUCGACAAUGCGCAUAGACAACUCGUGAGGGAUCUAGACUUCAAUCCGAAUAGACAGUUUCACUUAGCGACGGCGGGCGAUGAUGCGGCCCUCAAUAUCUGGGACUACAGGAAUGGCAAAGAACCAAUUUUCUCCAGGACAGAUCAUUCGCAUUGGGUAUGGACAGUACGCUACAACACAUACCACGAACAACUGCUCAUUACUGGCAGUUCCGACGGACGAGCGUUGCUAACGUCCGCCGCCGGAGUCUGUCGGGAGCCCGGGCAAGAUAUACCACUGGAAGACGGGGUGUUACAAUCGUAUGAACAGCACGAGGACUCUGUAUACUGCGCGGAGUGGAGCGCCACGGAGCCCUGGACCUUCGCGUCUCUGAGUUACGACGCACGCCUGGUCCUGUCUCGGGUGCCACGACAUUUCAAAUACAAGAUAUUGUUGUAAUUUGAGAAUAAAUAAUAGUAAUGUGUAACAUAAUAGUAACAGAUAAGUUUUAACUAUGAGAAGAAUAAAUAUAUUAAUUCUUGAGUCUUGAAGCUUUUCUAGACAACAGACGUAGGAGUGGAGUAAAGGCGUGGUGAAUGUAAAGUA